AUGAAGCCAGCACUUCAGACUACGCUCAUUCACAUGCGUAACCUCGUGCCAUAUUCGCCUGACCUGGGGUCUUCAAAGAGAGGUCAGCCCGACAUGAAGAGCUCGGAACAAGGCGAAGAGCAGGCCAACAGUCACGUCAAGAACGAGCCCCAGUGCUGCUGCUACGCCUGCGAUGUGAUCCGAUGUCUCCGUGCAAAGAAUCCCACUUCAAGGCUGCUGUGGCUGUGGAUGGAUCCUGCCGUGCGAAAGGUUCCAACAGUCUGGCGGGCAGCAGCGGGAGCCCGCGGACAAUCAAAAGCACAACGUGGCGCCACCAAAGGCACGACCAAGCCCUCGGCUGCCAAAGCUGCUCCGUCUAAGCCCGCAGCCUCCGAACAGCCUACAUCUAAGCUUGCUGCUUCCAAGCCCGCUCCUGAUGGUCCCGCCGCUUUGAGCUUGCGACCUCCAAGCCAUCGGACAACAAGAGGCGCUGCCCAGCAGCUCGCCAUUUCGCAGCUGUCCGACACAACAUUCGCAAGAGGGGUCGAGACGACGCUGGAUUUGUUCGGUCUGCGAAGACAUAAGCUCAGAAUGGCGGGCCUGUCCGAGCUCGACGAGCGUACCGCGACUAUGCUCGAGUCGGCACUCGCCAAAAAGCCGGACGUGACUGCGGCUGUGAAGCAGGCUACACUUUCGGAUUCUUUUGCCAGCAAAGACGUAAUGGAAAAGCGCCUCGAGGCAUUUCCGGCAAUCCCCGUCCUUGACAUUGAUGAGCUCGCAAGGGAAUUUCUUGGCGACGCGGCCAACGAUAAUGGCAUGUUAACGAUCCUGAGGACCAUGGACGACGCAAACCUGAAAAGGACGAGUGUUGCGGUGGAGGCGGCUGUCCGGCUGACCAUAUAUGGAGAGGGCCCGAGAGAAAUUAUUGCGGACCUCAUCACUGAGAAGAUGUGCCCCCCAGUGGAACUCGCGGCCAGCCUGGGCGCAACAGGCAUGGCUAUGUCCGCGACAGCUAUGACGGAGCUGCUUCUCGAAAACGCUUCACUUCGCACGGAGCUCGGCCAGCUACGAUCUCAGGUAGUCGAGCUUUUGACCAAGACAGAAGCGAUCACCGAACUCUGAGGGUGGAUUGGAAUGGUCGAGGACGACGUGCGAGCGCGUGAUGAGAAGCUGGCCGCUCCCGAGCCCGACUUCGGGAAGAAGAACGAGUAUCGUUGAUAAAUGCAAGAUUAGCUUCGGGG